AAUAUACAACUUACAUCAACCAUGUUAGUCGAGGUAAACGUUAAUAACUUUGCCGUCCGCGCCAUCGUAUGCCUGGCAUUACUGAUGGGUUGCAUUUGGCAUAUCGUCGAUAUCAGUGUCAUAUACUUUCGUUACGAGACUACAGUAUCUAUAGUGCUUGAUAGAGCACAACUGAUAGAACUGCCGGCAAUUACUAUAUGCACUAAUGUUAGUCACGUGAUCGAUACGGAGUAUUUACGGCACCGGUACCCAAACGACACGGCACUGGUCAACAUAACCGACACCAAUGAAAAUAAAUGGCAAUACAGACAAUACCUGUUAAACCUAACACUGGAGGAGCAGCUGUUGAACGGCACGAUCGGCGCAAACAGGUUCUUCAACAUAUGCGGAGUACGGGCACCCCUGGCCCUUUCUAAUGUAUCAGACCGACAGUAUCAUCACGUCAACUGCACUUUAGUAUCACCGGUGGUUGAGUCAAUUAACAAUUAUUACAAAUGUUUCACUAUAUUCAAUCAAAACGGCAGCAAAUUAACAAAUCGGUACCGCGUGGACCACGAUGCGGAAUUUCAUGAAAACGGGUUUAACCUGUUUUGGUUCGCACUGAACACCACAUACUUACGAGAGCUAAGCCUUUAUAUGCACGACCGGCGGGAGCCGUUUGUGGGCCGAGUCGAAGGCCAGUCUACAACCAUGAUUGUGGAUCACCGACAUUACGGUACAGUCGGUAUAUCGUACAAAGAGAUCGACAUUAACCGAUUGCCCCCACCCUACCGGACCCAAUGCGCCGAUUACAGGUCACUUGGGUAUAGAUCGAAAAAGGACUGGAUUAGCCAAUGCCGUGUUCAAUAUUACCGCGAUCAAUUUUCCAGUUGGCCCCCCUGGACGUUAUAUCGCAAAGAACAUGUUGGUAAUUUGAGUUUUGCCCCGAUGAGUUUGCCAUUAAAUCGCACAAUCGAUAAACAAAUAGCCGCCGACUGUGCCAAUCGGAUCGGCCGUAGGCCCGACUGUCACGCCGUUUACUACACAAUGAAUACAUUUUAUAGCUAUCCGAGAGUAGUCGCUAACGAUAGUAAUGAUUCAAAUACGUUAUUUUGGUUAUUUUGUAUUGUGCCCACCGAUCCAAUCACCCGUUACGUACACUCACCCCGUAUGGAGUUAUCCGAGUAUAUGGGCAUUAUUGGCGGUGUGUCGGGCCUAUGGUUUGGUUUAAACAUACUGGCCUUUUAUGAUAUUGGCAAUUACGAAACUACAGUAUCAACAGUGCUUGAUAGACCACAAGUGAUAGAACUACCGGCAAUCACUCUAUGCAGCCAUAUUAAUAACGCUAUAGACGUGGACUAUUUGCGGCACCGGUACCCAAACGACACGGCACUGGCAAACAUAACCGACACCAAUGAAAACAAAUGGCAAUACAAGCCAUACCUGUUUAACCUAACACUGGAGGAGCAGCUGUUGAACGGCACGAUCGGCGCCAACCGGUUCUUCAACUAUUGCGGAGUGCGGGCACCCCUAGAAUGGCCGGCAGCGGACUAUACCAACUGCUCAUCAGUAUCACCAAUAGUCGAGUCAAUUAACAAUUAUCAAAAAUGUUUCACCAUGUUUAAUCAAAACGCCAGCCAAUUAGCGAACAACAAUCGGUACCGCGUGGACCACGAUGCGACAUUUCGCGAAAACGGGUUUAACCUGUUUUGGUUAGCGCUGAACACCCAAUACUUACGAGAGCUAAGCGUUUAUAUGCACGACCGGCGGCAGCCUUUUGUGGGCCGAGUCGAGGGCCAGUCGACUCCCAUGAAUUUUGAUCACAAACAUUAUGGUAUAAUUGCCAUAGCGUACAAAGAGGUCGAUAUUAACCGAUUGCCCCCACCCUACCGGACCCAAUGCGCUGACUACACGUCACUC